CGCAAUGGGGCACACGAUCGCGCUCCUGCGCAAGAACCUCUGGCUCAAGAAGCGGCACCCGAUCGCGACCUUCUUCGAGAUCCUCUGUCCGGCGCUCGUCUUCAUCGCGAUUGUCGUUGUGCGCUCGCGCGAAGACGGGCAUGGCUCCAUGUACGUGCCCGGGUGGCAGAACAACACGCUCUUUGGCCGCUACGGCAACGACUAUGGCGGAAGCAGCGACUACAACGGCGUUCGGUUUCGCGAACGCGGCGUCUACUCGAUGCUGCAGAACGCACGCUACGUGCCGCGCUCGGUCCAAGACUGCGUCACGAGCCUCGCGCUGAACGGGUCGGUCGACGCCAACUGCCAAAAGGCGCUCAGUCUCCGGCCCAAGCUCGCCAUCGUGCCCGACAACACGUACACGCGGGCGUACCUCGGGGCGACGCUCGCGCAAUGGUACCCGAAGCUCUCGCUGCCAAUGAAAAACGCAAAGGGCAAUCUCAACCUGACGAUCGCGGGCCUCGAGGACUUUCUCAUCUAUUUCGACUCGGAGGCGGCGCUCGAGGCGUACGUGACGGCGCCCGACUACGGCCCCAAGGUCGACUAUUCGUGGUGGUCGUCCAGCUACGGCGAAGAUAAGAACGCGACGUACAACCCAACGCUUGUCGGCGCGAUCGUCUUCAACAAAAUGCCGUCCGAGGACCAGAUCGGCACAGCGACCGACAUUGAGUACACGCUGCGCUUUCCGCGCGCCAACGACGACAGCUACUACCAAUCGACGCAGAAGACAACAAGCGCCCCGGCGACCUUGCGCCGGUACGACCCGCUCUCAGUUGACUUUUACAACAGAGAGAUGGCGGCCUACACGACGCAAGGCUUUGCGACGCUGGAUACGAUGCUCACGCGCGUCCUCAACUGCCGGCCCGUGUGGGACGCGGCGAAUAAGCGCACCAACGGCACGUGCAGUGUCACCGCCUCGACCGCGACGGCUAUGGCCGACAGUGCGCUGCGUGCGGUCGCCACGGCCGACGUCCAAAGCCUCAUCGGGGCUCUUCCGCUCGACUACGACAUGGCGCGCAAUUUGAGCGCCGCGGAGGCCGCGUUCUCACCCGAGGUGCUAGCGGCGCUGCUGCGUCCGCUGCGCCAGGCGCCGCAGCCGUUCUUGGGCGGCGUCACCGACACGUUUCCGACCGGUGUCUAUGGCUACGACUACUUUCUCCAGCCGGGCCAGAUUGCGGACCUUGGCAUCUGCCUCGGCGCGGUUGUCUUUAGCGUCCUUCUUCUCGGCAAUGUCGUCGGCGCCUUUGUGCUCGAAAAGGAGACGCGGACGCGCGAGUUUAUGCAGGCGCUGGGUCUUCGGCCGUCGGCGCUCGUGCUCUCGUGGUUCCUCUUGUACGCGGUGAUUGUAGCGUUGAUUGCACUCGUUCAGACGCUCCUCGCAGUCUACGGCAACCUCUUUCGCCACUCGAGCGCGCUCUGUGUCUUUGGCCUCUUGUUUGCAUUUGGGCUGACGUUGAUUGGCUUUGGCUUUUGCGCGUCGACGCUCUUUACGUCGGCCAAGACGGCCACGUACACGACGCAGCUCGUGUUUCUGCUGCUCUCGAUCGUCGCGUUUGCGCUCUCGGACGAAAUGUCGGAAGCGACCAAGACGGCCGCGUGCCUCCUCCCGCCGACUGCGGUCGUCCUCGGCCUCCAAGUGAUCAUCAAGGCCGAGUUCUACACGCGCGGCAUUACGCUCGCCAACGCCGGCGCGCUCCAAGCCAACCGCAUCCGCUUUUCGACCACGGUGGCCAUGCUCUUCCUCGAUGCGAUCUGGCUCACGCUGCUCGGGCUGUACCUCGAUGGCGUCACGAACGGCCAGGCGUGGUACUUUCCACUGCAGCCGUCGUACUGGCGGGCGCCGACAUUGACGGCCAACUCGCAAGAGUCGACCGAGAGAGCCCACGACAGCGCGGAUAUCGAAGCUCCCGAGCACCACUUGGCGCAGCAAGAAAAAGACGGUCGCGCACUCGUCGUGACGCGGUUGCACAAGACGUUUGGGCCGCACGUGGCCGUCGACAACUUGAGCUUGACGUUCUACGAAGGCCAGAUCACGUGUCUUCUCGGGCACAACGGCGCUGGCAAGACGACAGCCAUCUCGAUGCUCACGGGCAUGCUGCGCCCGACGGCCGGCGACGCGACCGUCCACGGCCUCUCGCUCUCCAAGGACCUUCGAUCGAUUCAGCGCUCGAUGGGCGUGUGCCCUCAGCACAACAUUUUGUACGACGACCUCACCGUCUCGGAGCACCUUCGCUUCUACGCGGCCAUCAAGGGCGUCGCGGACGUUGCGGCCGCGGUCACUGCGACGCUGGCCGAAGUCGAUCUCGUCGACAAGGCCAAGGACAAGGUCAAGGCACUCUCCGGUGGCAUGAAGCGCAAGCUCUCGGUGGGUAUCGCACUCCUCGGCAACAGCAGUGUCGUCUUCCUCGACGAACCCACGUCGGGCAUGGACCCGUACUCGCGCCGCAGUGUCUGGGAGCUGCUGUUACGCAACCGGUCCAAGCGCAUUAUGAUUCUGACCACGCACUACAUGGAAGAAGCCGACGUGCUCGGCGACCGCAUCGCCAUCAUGGCCAACGGCGCGCUCCAGUGCGUCGGGUCGGCGCUUUUCUUGAAGAAUCGGUUUGGCGCUGGCUACACGCUGACGCUGGUCAAGGCCGACGCCAGCAGCGCCAUGGACGCCGUGUCGAGCCUCAUUAUGACGCACGUACCGUCGGCCCUCCUCACGUCCAACGUUGCGUCCGAAGUGUCGUUCCAGCUGCCGACGCACGCCACGUCGUCGUUCCCGGACCUCUUUGCUGCGCUCGACGACGACCUCGCUUCGUACGGCCUCACGUCGUACGGUAUUUCCGUCACGACGCUGGAAGACGUCUUUAUCAAGGUCACGAGCCGCGCGACGGUGCCGUCUGCGCCGGCCACCGCGUCGGUCGCCGUGCCGAUCGCACCGCCCGUGCUCGUGGCCCACCGCACGUUUUUCGGGCAGACGUCGGCGCUGCUCGCCAAGCGGUUCCACGUCGCCAAGCGGGACAAGCGCGCGUUCUUCAACACGACGCUGCUGCCCGUGCUCCUCAUUGCGAUCGGGUUUGGCGUCAUGAAGUACAUGUACGAGCGCGACUACGUGCCACUCGAGCCGCGUAUCGUCAUGGAUGCGUCCCAGUACCCCGACAACGCGGCGAGUCCGACGCCGUUUGCGUGCCUCACCACGUCGCCAGCGUGCGCCGCCUUGUUCUCGAGCUCCAAGUUUACAGGCUCGACGCCCGAAGAGGUGCCGUACAUGGGGACGACUGCGUAUACGACGCCGACCGUCAAUGUCUUUGGCUACAUAUACGGCGCCCCGACUGCGCCGCCCGAGUGCACGUACAACACCAUUUACCGUGGUGGCGACCGGCCGCCGUGUCUCUCAGCGCCGGCGAAUCUCUCGAGCACGCAAGGGUUUGAGCUCCGGUUUGGCGAGACGGUGUACAACCGCAGCAUCAGCUCGGUGCGCACGCAAAUGGGCGGGUACCUCGUGCACGUGGCACCCGAGGACAAUGUGUAUAGCUACGUGCUCUUUGCGAACGCGUCGUCGUCGCACGCGGCGCCAGUCUACAAGCGCCUACUGCACCAAGCGCUUUACCGGACGUUCUCGCAGUCGUCGUCGCUGCAGCUCGUGGUUGCAUCGCACCCGCUGCCGACAACGUUCAACGACAAGGCCGCGCGGGUCGCGAGGCGCCAGAACUUUGGCGACACGAUGGGGUACCUUGGCCUUGUGUGCUUUAUCUUUGCGCUCUCGUUCUUCCCCGCCGGUAUCAUGACGUUCCUCGUGAAAGAGAAGCAGCUCACGGCCAAGCAGCAGCAACUCGCAUCGGGCGUCUACCUCUCGGCGUUUUGGGUCGCCAACUUCAUCUGGGACGUUGUGAGCUUCUUGCCGGUCGUUGGCAUUCUCCUCGCGCUCAUCCUCGGGUUUCACAUUCGCCCGUACACGUCCGAAGCCGAGCACGUGUCGCAUGCGUUUGGCGCUGUCUCGGUGCUCUUCCUUCUCUCGGGCGUGGCCUUGAUCUUGCUCACGUACGUCGGGUCGUUCUUUCUCAAGGAGCCUACGUCGGCGCAGUCGAUCACGGUCAUUGUCAACUGGUGCGUCGGCUUUGGCUUCCUCGUCAUCGAAGUGCUCAUCAAGUCGAUCUCGUACGAGAAAUCUGGUGCCGCUGUGUGGCGCAUCUCGCCGCUCUACGCCCUUGGCGACGGGCUCAUGAACAUGACGGAAACCCGUCCGCGCUGGAGUCCCAACGGCUCCGAGUCGAGCGCCAAGGUCGACGCGCUCUCACCUGCUGGUGUCCUCAUCGACGUCUACUACUUGAUCGUCAUGGUGUUUGUGUUUGCACUGCUCGUCGCGAUCUUCGAGUACCGUGUCACGUUUCGCAUUCCCAAGCCCAAGAAGGCCGACGCGCCGGGCGACCGGUCGGGUGCACCGCUCGACGUCGACGUCGCCGCCGAAGCUACGCGCGUCGCAGCCUUGGCACCGACCGACGCAGCCGUCACGAUGACAGGUCUCCGCAAGGUCUUCAACCAAGGGCUCCUCGGCCGCCCGAUCACCGCCGUCGACAACUUGUCGAUCGCGCUUCCCGCCGGCGAGUGCUUUGGCUUUCUCGGGGUCAACGGCGCGGGCAAGUCGACAACGCUCAAGAUGCUCUUGGGCGAAGUGCUCCCGACCGACGGCGCCGCGCAUCUCGGUGGACUGCACGUGAUCAAGGACCAGAACAAGGCGCGGCAGCUCGUCGGGUACUGCCCUCAGUUUGAUGCGCUCUUCGACUUGCUCUCGGUACGCGAACACUUGGUGCUCUACGCGUCGCUCCGCGGGCUCCAAGGCGCUGUCGGGCAGACUGCGGUGACGGCGUUGAUUGAGAAGCUGCACCUCGGCGCGUUCGAACACGUGCUCGCGAGCAACCUCAGCGGCGGCAACAAGCGCAAGCUCUCGGUCGCGAUUGCGAUGAUCGGGUCGCCGCCCAUCAUCGUCCUCGACGAGCCGUCGACCGGCAUGGACCCGGUCUCGCGCCGCUUCAUGUGGGAGCUCAUCUCGGACAUUUCGACAAAUCAGCGCGAGUCGACCGUCCUCCUCACGACCCACUCGAUGGAGGAGUGCGAAGCGCUCUGUUCGCGCGUCGGGAUCAUGGCCGCCGGCGUCCUUCGCUGCCUCGGGAGCAUCCAGUACCUCAAGUCGCGCUUUGGCCACGGCCUCGUGCUCGACGUCAAGCAGGCGCUGCCGUCCGACGCCGACGUCGCCGACUUCAUGGCGACGCACGCCGUGCCACUGACGCUGACGAUGAAGGCGAUGACCGAAUGGUGCACGCAACUCGGGCGACCGGACCGCGCCGACGCGCUCUCGCCAGCGCACCCGACGGGCUUUUUCCUCGAGCAGCUGGCGACGACCGAUGGCCACGUCGAUGCGUCGUCGUUCUGCACGUGGUGGCUCUGCGAAGACCAUUUUGACGCGCUCGUGCGCCAUGUGGCGACGACAACGGCGAGCGACCCCGAUGUCGUCGUCCGCGAAGGCACGUUUGCGCGGCUCAAGCUGCCGACGUCGCUCGGUGUCGCGUUUGGGCUGGUCGAAGACGCCAAGGACGCACUGCGAAUCGUCGAGUACUCGGUGUCGCAGACGUCGCUCGAAGCGAUUUUCAACUCGCUUGCGAGUCUCCAGCCGACGACGACGACGACGACGGCGGCGCGCAACGGCCCGUCGUACGCACUCGUGCAGACCCCAAAGGCGUCGUAGGUGCUGCUACGAUGGUGCAUAACACGGUGUCAUACACGUUAUAUCUCUGUGACAUGAGCACAA